ACCGGUAACCGGUGGUUGUGGCCAUUGUUAUAAAAUCCGUGGGUUGCCCGAGGACAGAGUCGUCGUUGUGUCAUAUCCUCGGUCUGGUUGCUCCGCGCAGGGAAAACAGGGGGAGGACAAAGCCAGAUUUUUUCCUACGCUACAACGCUAGCUACAGGAGCAAUGGAGACCUUCCUAUUCACCUCUGAGUCUGUGAACGAGGGUCACCCCGACAAGCUAUGCGACCAGAUCUCUGAUGCCGUGCUUGACGCCUGCCUCGCCCAGGAUCCCGACAGCAAGGUUGCUUGCGAGACAUGCACGAAGACCAACAUGGUCAUGGUUUUCGGAGAAAUUACCACCAAGGGCGACAUCGACUACGAGAAGAUUGUUCGCGACACUUGCCGUACCAUUGGAUUCAUCUCUGAUGAUGUCGGUCUAGAUGCUGACAAGUGCAAGGUCCUGGUGAACAUUGAGCAGCAGAGCCCCGACAUUGCCCAGGGUGUCCAUGGCCACCUCACCAAGCGCCCUGAAGAGAUUGGUGCUGGUGACCAGGGCCACAUGUUUGGGUAUGCCACUGAUGAGACUCCUGAAUUGAUGCCCCUGAGCCAUGUCCUGGCAACCAAGCUCGGAGCACGCCUCACUGAGGUUAGGAAGAACGGUACUUGCCCCUGGCUGAGACCCGAUGGAAAGACCCAAGUCACUGUUGAGUACUACAAUGACAAUGGCGCCAGGGUUCCUGUCCGUGUUCACACCGUGCUGAUCUCGACCCAGCAUGAUGAGACAGUCACGAAUGACGAAAUCGCUGCUGAUCUCAAAGAGCAUGUUAUUAGGCCUGUCAUCCCCGAGAAGUACCUCGAUGAGAAAACCAUCUUCCACCUUAACCCCUCGGGCAGGUUUGUAAUUGGUGGUCCCCAUGGUGACGCGGGUCUCACCGGCCGUAAGAUCAUCAUUGACACCUACGGCGGCUGGGGAGCCCACGGUGGUGGUGCCUUCUCAGGAAAGGACCCCACCAAAGUGGACAGGAGUGGUGCCUACAUCGUCAGGCAGGCUGCUAAGAGCAUCGUAGCGAAUGGGCUUGCUCGUAGAUGCAUUGUGCAGGUCUCCUAUGCCAUUGGCGUUCCUGAACCUUUGUCCGUCUUCGUCGAUACUUACGGCACUGGGAAAAUUCCUGACAGGGAAAUUUUGAAGAUUGUUAAGGAGAGCUUUGAUUUCAGGCCAGGAAUGAUUUCCAUUAACCUGGACCUCAAGAGAGGUGGCAAUGGCAGGUUCUUGAAGACCGCCGCCUACGGUCAUUUUGGAAGGGACGACCCCGACUUCACCUGGGAGGUUGUGAAGCCCCUCAAGUGGGAGAAGCCUCAAUCUUGAGACCCCGAUCGUGGUUCGCUGCUGGUGAUGCUUGCUAGAGUAUAGUAGAUGAAUAAUCUGCUUGUCCUGUUUCUGCUACAAUGUCUUCGCAAAGUAUGAGUGCCCUAAUGUUGUUUCUGAUUUGCAUAUGGGCAAUGCCCCUUGCUUUCUUUCUUUCUUUUUUUGCCUUUCUUGAUAUGUAAUUUGUUUGCCAUAUCAAAUAUGGUUAUUCUCGAUGUGUCACGGGAUUUUUUUUCUUUUUAUGAAA